CAGUGUGCUGGUGUGCUCUAAGACAGCAGCAGAGGCAGCAGCCACAGCAGCUAGAGCGUUCCUCCAGGAGCUGGGUGUUCCCACUUUAUAACAGGCUGCCUGCCUCUCAGCGGUGUUAGUGGACAGGCAGAAUGCAGAGUGGAGAGCUGGUCUGGGGGCUGCUGCUCACCCUGCUCUGGGGAGAACAGUGCUGGGGUCUCACAGAGGAAGAGAAAAGCAGCAUUGUCCUCCAGCACAACACCCUGCGCUCUCAGGUCAGCCCCAGCGCCACCAACAUGCAGCUCAUGAAAUGGGACUCUGCGCUGGAGGCGAUGGCUGCUCAGUACGCCACCGCCUGCAUAUGGGACCACAACCCUGAGAGGGGGGAGAUGGGGGAGAACCUGUUCCUGACCAGCGGGCAGCUGAACGGGACUCACGUGGUGCAGAACUGGUACAACGAGCACCUGGACUAUACCUUCCACACAGGCAGCUGCACGCCUGGGAAGAUGUGUGGCCACUACACCCAGGUGGUCUGGGCAAACAGCAACAGAGUUGGGUGUGGAGAACACUUCUGUGAGACAGUGGAGGGGAUAGAGCAGCCGAGACUCACAAUGCUGGUGUGCAAUUACUACCCCAAAGGCAAUAACCGGGGUAUGAAACCGUACGUGUCGGGACCCUCCUGUUCAAGAUGCCCCCCAGACCACAUCUGCGUUGAGAAGCUCUGUGAUGAUGGGCAGCCAUCCACAACUGUGCUGUACGACACAGAUCACACAGACGCUGAUUUGGGGACGAGCCCCAGCUCCGCUUCAGGGACCCCUACCUACAGCGACGAGGAGAUCGACAGCGAGGAGGCAGAGGUGGAUCAUGUAGACUCUUCGGAAGAGAGGCCCGGAGCAGGGCGGGGCACUGUGAACCAGUCGUGUGCAAAAGGGAUCCUGGCUGUAAUCCUACUCACUGUGUGCAUGCUGUAAAUUGUAGGGUACGGACUCUCCCCCAUCUCCUUUAACCUCAAUCAGCCCUCCAUUAGCACUGUUGAUGAUGGCUUUACAACAGACCUCCGUCAGACCUCUGCUGUUGUUCUGCAGCUAUGAUGAACAUCUUCUAACAGAACUGGAAAGGUGUGCAUGCCGCUAUUGGGUUAACAGUAAUACAUUGCAGAGCAAUUGUAUAUUUCUUUGUAUAUAUGAAUAAAGAGGAAGUAUGACAACGA